UGUGUGUAUAUAUAUAUAUAUAUAUAUAUAUAUACAUGGGCCGGUGUCAUGGCUCACUUGGUUAAUCUUCCGCCUGCGGUACCAGCAUCCCAUAGGGGUGCUGGGUUCUAGUCCUGGUUGCUCCUUUUCCAGUCCAGCUCUCUGCUGUGGCCUGGGAAGGCAGUGGAGGAUGGCCCAAGUGCUUGGGCUCCUGUACCCGCAUGCAUGGUAGACCAGGAGGAAGCACCUGGCUCCUGGCUUUGGAUCGGUGUAGCUCCGGCCUUAGCAGCCAUUUGGGGGCGAACCAACAGAAGCAAGACCUUUCUCUCUGUCCCUCUCUCUAACUGUCUAACUCUAUCUGUCGAAUAAAUAAAAAAGUAUAUAUACAUACAUAUAUACUCAUAUAUAUACGUAUAUAUAUAUAUAUAUGUGCGUGUGUGUGUGUGUGUGUGUAUAGUGUUUGUUUUUUUCUUUGUUAUACAGGCUGAGCAUCCCCAAUCCAAAAAUCUGAAAUCCAAAUUUUUUCAAAAUUUUCUGAGUGCCCUUUUAUAAACCUGACCUCAUGUGCUGGGUCACAGUCAAAACACAGGGUGCAUUAAAAAUACUAUAAGAAAUUACUUUCAGGCUGUGUGUGUAUGGUAUCUAUAAAACAUAAAUGAAUUUCAUGAAUAUACGUGGGUUCCCUCCCCCAGAUUUCUCAUGAUGUAUAUACAGAUAUUCCAGAAUUUAGAACAUUCCUGUUCCCAAGCAUUUCCAGUAAAGAAUACUCAACCUAACACUGGUUUUAUUGGUGACCAUCACCUUCAAGGACUUGGCCGUGAGGUUCUCUGAGGAGGAGUGGCGGCUCCUGGAGGAGAGGCAGAGGGAGUUCUACCGAGAGGUGAUGCGUGAGAACUACGAGACUCUGGUAUCUGUGGGGACAGCCGAGCUGCUCCCCCUCUCUGCUUUCCUGUCACCUAUGGAGCCUGGAAGAGCAAUGGGGGGAGGGGAACAUGCUGAUAAAGGACAAGAGCCUCUUGCUAGGGGAGGCCCUCAGGGAGGAAAACCCCAGCAUAGCUUGCACCUUACAGCCCUGGUGCAGCUGGUGAAGGAGAUUCCAGAGUUCUUGUUCAGAGAAGUCAAGGGUACUGUGGACAGCCCUGAAAGCCGAGGAGCCAGCCUGGAUGGGGAUGGAGCAAGUUCUGAAGCAGCAGCUGUGGCAGUAGAUAACUGUCCUCUCCAAAGCCAGCUCAGCUGCCUUCCUGACAGCCCCAGCGAUUGGCAGAGCCUGGCCACCACACCCAGUGGCAGCUCAUCCUCCAGUGGCCUCCUCGGAGACAGGGGGCAGGGAAGCCCCCUCCCCAUCCCAGAAAUUGUCAAUAAACCAUGGUCUACAGGGAAGGCAAGCCCAGGAUCUCCAACUGGGGAGCCCAGCCCUCCUACCUGUAGCCCCAGCAGGAGGAAGAGCCACAGAGGCACCGCAGGGGCAGGAACCUCUCCUGGGAGCAGCCCCUUACAGGGCCUCAUCAGCAGUCAGAAAGAAAUCCCUGUGCCCAGGCCCCAGCACCCUGAGGUGGCACCAAAACCACUACCUCCUCCCCCAAGCCUGGUCUCCUCGAAGCUGACUAAAGUGGAGCUGGGACCUGCCAGCCUGCCCUGGCCAGUAAAAACAGAGGCAGCAUCAGGGGACUGUCCCCUCCAGGGCCUGCUGAACUGCCUAAAGGAGAUCCCAGAGGCCCGGGGCAGGCAUUCCAACCCCUCUCGAGCAAGGGACCCACAGCCGCAAGAGGAGCCAGGGGCCUGGAAAAGGACUUCCGGAGGUCCCACAAGACUGAAGCUGAGAUCAGGCCUGAAACCUGGCCUUCCUGGUGGCCACCUUCCCACAGGGCCUGGACAUCACCAGACACCGCCUCCCCGCCCUGGUCCUGGCUCUGGAAGCAUGCUCGCUGUGGUGAAGAUGGAAGACAGUUGGACCCAGAGUCCGCCAGUGCCCACAUCCUGCCAGCUUACCAUGCAGAUUCCCAGCCCCUCUACCUCCAGAGACACCAGAGGGGUCCGAGCACCCUACUGGGGCCCCGUGGCUCAAGCUGGCAGGGCCUCAAGCUCACCUCUGGAAGCCCUGGAGGCCUGUCUGAAGGGCAUUCCCCCAAGUGUGUCGUCCCUUCCCCAGCCACUGGCCGCCUCUUGGUCCCAGAGCCCCCAACCAGGAGACCCUGGGUCUCGGAAGCCCGAGCUGCGUCCUCACGGAUCACACAGUGAAGAGGUGACCAAGGAACCUCUUCUGCAUCUGGCCCCGCGGGGCUGUGUGAGAGAAGGCCCUGCCCGGCCCUCAGGCCCCCGAGGCACCCCCACCGGCUUCUCCUCCGCCAGCAGCACUGAUGGGGACCUGGAUUUUGGAAGCCCUGUGGGAAACCAGGGACAGUGGCCCAGGAAAGGAAGCCCACUGGGAAGCUCCCCACUCCAGGGUCUAGAGAACUGUCUCAAAGAAAUACCUGUGCCCAGGCCACAGCCUGCCUGGCCCUGCUCCUCAGCAGCAGACAGGGGACCAAGGAGAAUGGAACUCAGGAACUGGGCAGCAGACAAGGAAGGACUGAGGGGCGAGGCCUGUGAGCCAGCCCAUCCCGGGCAGGGUGGGGGAGAAGUACCCGCCAGGAGCCUCCAUCUGGCCAGCCCACAGGCCUUCUCUUCCAGCUGCAUCCCUGCCUGCCACCAGCGAGGGCUCAAAGACCACAGGACCGCCAGGCCAGGACCUGAGAGGUGGCUCCAAGAUGGGGCACCCACCAGACCCUCCCCACUGCACUGCCUGGAGACCUCUCUGCGGGAGAUCUUGCCAGUGAGGCCCUUGCGCUUUGCCUGCUUGGCUGGCCCUGGCCCCAGCCCCAGCCCCAGCUCCAGCUCCAGCCUGAGCAGCUCUGACGGAGAAGACCUGAGGCUGGAGCCUGAGGUCUGGCAGCAGCCCCUGCAGGAGAGGGACCGCCUUCCCAGCUGUAGGCAUCCUGUCCCUUUGUCCCCAAGCCCUGGUAGGGCCCCUGCUGGCAGCAGUGGCAGCAGUCCUGGUGAAGCCCCCGGGAGAACAGAGCCCCACAACUGCAGCAACGUCAGUGCAGGAGGAAGAGCAGAAGAGGUGACAGAAGGCAGGUCCCAGUUGCCAGAGAGAGAAGACAGCAACUGCCAGCCGGGUGCUCCCAGCAGUGCCAGAGAAGGAAGAGUCGGAAGAGCAGCUGAGAGUCCCUGCCCUGCCCCAAGGCUAGAGAAAAGGCCCAGGCCUGAGGCUGGUGAAGAACCCAGGGGCCUGGAGCCUGAGCACAGAAGGCCCAGUGUUACAGUUUCAGCCAGGACCCAAGGGAGGCUGCUCCCCAGGGGCCAGCCCAAGCCGGACAGUGAGUCUCCCCAGCCGGAGCUGCCCCCUCUGGCAGCCGUCUCCCCUGCAUUGCCAGAUGCAUGCCACUGUGGGAAGCCCCUGCAGCAGGAGCUGCACAACCUCGGUGCCGCCCUCGAAGAGAAGCUGGAUCGGCUUGCUACGGCCCUGGCAGGCCUGGCUCAGGAAGUGGCCAACAUGAGGACCCAAGUGGAUCGGCUGGGGAGGCGCCCACGGGGCCCUGGGUCAAAGGGCCAGGCUCCAUGGCCAUGGACCCUCCCCCAGGGACCACGCUGGGGCCAUGGCCUUGGUCGCAGACAUACACCCUAUUGGAGACAGAAAGGCCCCACUAGGCCUAAACCAAAGAUCCUCCGGGUGCAGACAGAAGGCUGCAGGGCUGGCGAUUCCCCAGGACUCCCCCGUGGGAGGGUACGUCUGGCGCCUCAGCUACCUUCGGAUGCUUCUCCUGCAGAGCCUUCUGGGCCCAACCACAGCCCGCCCCAGCAGCCUGUCUCCUCAGCACCCAGCUGCUAUGCUGCGCUGACUGGGCACCCUCCCCUCAGACAUACUGGGGGCCACCAGGUGCCCCCUCCCCCUUUAGUGCCUGUUGCCUUACCUCCCCAGGUGGCUUCUCCUGCCACCAGUGCAGAUGCAGAACCAACCAGGAUCUCAAGCCAGCCCAAGGAGGUGAACGGCCUACUGGGGGGUGUGCAGAGAGCCCUCCAGGAGGAGCUGUGGGGUGGUGAGCAUAGGGACCCACGGUGGGGAGCUCAUUAACUGUGUUCUUCCCUAGCCAUGCUUUCCCUGGGGACAUGUCUCCCUCACCACCUGCUCCCCUGGCCCUUCCAAUGCUGGAGACUCACCUGGUGUCCUGACUGUGCUGGGCCCUGGGUGGUAUCUGCUCAGGAGGGGAGGGGGUGCAUUCCUCAGCCACUGAGUGGCUAUCUUGGCUCAGGUUCAAUCGGAUGUUGCUUCCCCCAAAUGGCCAGCUUCACGGGUGUGUUAUGUGUACACAUGCACAGGGUAUCCCCUGUUGCUGUGGGGCAGCUAAGCGGGCACUCUUCACUACCUGCCAUCCCUGGUCUCAGAAGUAAAUACUGGCACAAAUCUCAUUUUGGAAAUACUUUGCCCCUUGGUCCCAGCUGGAUUUACCCCUGUAGAUUCUAAAAUUAAAGAGUUAGUUGCUAAGGAAAGGCCCUUGGCUCCUAAAAACAUACACUCUGUGGGCCUACGGUGGGGUGCAGUUGACUGAGUUUUGCCAGUAGAACAGUGGGGAUGGGUCAGCCAAUGGUGUCUCCCCUCGGACACAUUCGAGAGAAUUCAGCAACAUGUUGCUAAGGCUCAGGGCUAAGCUAAGGCUCAGCUAAGGCUGGGGAAAGCUUUCCCAAACAACUCCCUGGGAAAAUGCACAUGCUGAGGAAUCCAACAACGACGAUGUUUUCUUUUGUCAGUUCUGGAGGCCAGAAAUCCAAAAUCAAGGUGUUGUCAGGGUUGAUUUUGUGGCUGGGAGGGAGGGAUCUCCCUGGGCCUGUCCUCUCGGCUGUAGCUGGCCAUCUUUGUGUUCACAGGCAUCUGCUACAUGUGUCACCUCACAGCCCCUUUGUACUGGGACACCAGUUGUCCUGAAUUAGGGUUCACCCUCAUGCAUUCACUGUUACUUGAUUACCUGUAGAAAGACCCUAUCAAGUCAGGUCAUGUUCUGAGGUUCUGGGCCUAGGACUCCAAUAUAUGAAGUGGGGGUGGGAGUAUGGCUCAGCCCAUGACACACGUAAGCACUGGGCAGGUCUUGAGGUCAUCUUGUAAAAGCUGUGACUGGUGUCACUGGGCCUGCUUCUGUGCUGUCCACUCCCAGCAAUUGACCAUGUACUGGAGCAGGUUGUCUGCCAUUCACUCCUCCCCUACCUCAGGCUGAGUCCAACCUGAGUUCCAUAUUUAAUCUGAGAGAUCUUUAAGGAACUGAGCGGUCUUAUCACGUGGGCCUGGGAAAGCCUGCUUAGCUAUGGGCUGGCACAUUUAGCUCUGCCAUCAGGGCUCUGGGAAAUCCAGUGUGCUAUUGUGGAAGCCUAGGACAGUGGGCCACUGCUUGCCCUGGUAUGGCUCUAAAAUCCGGCCUUUGGAGAUACACAAAGGCCUGUGCUCCCCCUCCCUCGUGAGUGAGGGCCAGGUAGCCUUGCCUGGGGCUCCAGAACUGAAGCUGAACUGGAGCAACACAGAGGUCUCCACAGAGCAGAGGGGAGAGGGGGCCAGAGCAGACGGGUGAUAACAGGAGGUCAGAGUGUUUCAGGACUAGAUCAAGGGCCAAGGUGAUGGAAGCAGCACUACUGAGGUCAGGUGGGUAGGGUGUUUGGAGUGAACAGUCUCACAGCCACAUCUGAUGCAGAGAACAGAAGUGCCCUGAAGAACUCAGGAGGAUGAGCCCAGCUCCCUUACAGAAUAUGCAGGAAGCAACAUGGGGCACAUUUCAGAGCCAAUAGAAAGAGGUAGGACUCGGUCAUGGAGCACAGUCGAGAAGACCUCCCUGUGGCCCCUCCCACUCCCCUCUCCAUUUCCCUUACGGAGGUGUUGGGAGGGGUCUACCAUACACCUGUGUGAUAGGUGAAGGAUAGUUUUGCCUUGUGGCUGUGAUGCCAGCCAUGCAGCAUGCAGAGGAAAAGGAGUUUGGUGUGGUUUGGGACCUUGUUCCUGCUGCACAGCUUUUCACUGUAUGGCUGGGAAGAGAGUCUUCCUCCUCACCACUGCUACCCAGCACCCAGCAGUGCCCUCCCCCACUGAGCACAACUCCUUACCACCUGUGCCUGCUGUCACAGGUGAGGAUAUUCAGGAGUGAGUCCAGCCUGCUGGUCCAGAUCCAAUUAGGCUGUAUAAUAAGUUCAGGAGACAUAACGCAAAAUAGAAUAGAAAGAAGUUGCCUGAGCUGUGGCUAUCUACAUUACUCAGGAAGUGGGUCCCUGGGUCUCAGUCCUCUCCACUGCCACAAUUAUUCACUUUUGAAAAGCCUUCUGGAAUUGUUCAUGUGAAAACAGUAUGAAGUUUAGAUUAUUUGUAUUGCACCCAUCUCCUGCUACUGUGUAGGGUUGUUUUUGAAGGGAGUCACUGAAAGAAUUCACUGAACUCAAGGGAGAUCCAGGGGUUUGGAGGAGCGGGAAGAGAAGGCUCUGGUGCUGCCUGCUGCCAUCCUAGGAAGUGGCCAGCAGGAUGGCUCCUAACUGACCUACCUGUGGGGCUUCCCUUUUUCCCCCAAGCUCUCACUAAUGAGAGCCCUAAGGGUCCUCUAAGAACUCACAUACCCUCUACCCACUCUGCUCCCUCUAGAAGCAGAGAAGGAGCUUGCGUUGUGGUGCAGCAAGUUAGGCUACUGCAAUGCCAGUAUCCCACAUCACAAUGCACGCUUAGGUCCUGGCUGCUCUGCUUCUGAUGUAACAUCUUUGCUGAUGUGUCUGAGAAGGCAGGGGAACAUGGCCCAAAUACUUGGGCCCCUGCCACCUAGUGGGAGAUCAGCAUGGAGUCCUUGGCUUUGGCCUGGCCUAAACGUGGCUGUUGUGGGCAUUCGGGGAGUGAACCAGUAGAUGGAAGAUCUCUGUUGCUCUGACUUCCAAAUAAAUAAAUCUUGGGAAAAAAAAAAAAGUGAAGUGCCACAGUCCCACUGCUGCUUCACACUUUUGCCCACCCCCACCCCCAUGUCUCCAGGCCACCACUGAGGGGUCUGAGGGAAGGGAAGCUGGAAUAGGGGUGGUGCCAGGGCCACAGCUGGCUGCCUGUGAUGUCCUGUGAUCCUUGCUCCCUCUUAACAGAGGCAUGGCACUCGGGCAGGCCAGACUUGCCGUGCCCUUUGUGUGUCUUUGCAUCUUAGAUGUGGCUCCGGUGAACAGCCCGCAGCUGGGUCUGGUCUUGUAAUGUGUUUGGACAAAUGUCCAUCUGUACUUGGAGCCCAUGAACCAUUUAAGUGUGUUAUUGCUACUGUGUUUGGGUUUGAACAUCCACCUUAUGGUGUGGUCCCUCUUGAGAGUUGUAUUGCUUUUGUUUCUGUUUGCUUUUUUAAUCUUCAUUCCUGCCUUCAUAUUUACAAUGUUGUGAGCUUUUUCUUCUUUGAAAUUCAUUCCAUUUUUCCCUCCACUAGCCUCAACAUUUAAAGAACUUAAAGGAGAAAUGUCCAAAUUCACAAUCAUAUUGGGACGAGUUUAGCUGUGUUUCUCAGAGUUUGAUAGAACAAAUCAUGAAAGGCAGAGAAAUCAGAACAAGUUAAUAAAUUUAUGAUCAUACACAACACUGCACUGUAUAUACAUUCUUUUCAAACAUGUGCAAAAUACUUCAGAUAAUUGGCUACAUACUAAGCCAAGAGCAAGUUAAGCAAAUUUAAAAGUAUUGAAAUUACAUGGAGUAUGUUGUUAAAAUUCUUUAUGCUAGAAUUAAAUAACAAGACAUAACCAGAAAUUCUUAAUCAAAAGAGAAGCAUUAAGCUGCUAAAAUGACAACGAAGACAUUAUAAUGGAAAUUAGAAACAUCUUGAACUUUAUCACAUAUGGAAACUUCCAAGAAAAAGCUAAAUCUAUCCUUAGAAAUUUAAAGGCAUAAAUGAGUAUGUGAAAAGAAGGCUGAGAAUUCAGAGGUACAAAUAGAAAAAUAAAACUCAAAAAAAAAAAAAAGUAAAAUCAUACUCUUGCUCCAAAGUAAGGAUAAAAGCAGAAAUAAACAAACAAAAAGACGUCCUCAAGCCCAAAAUUGUUUGUUAACAAAAUAAUAAAACUGACUACCCACUGGUGAAAUUGAUCCAUGGAAAAGCACAAAUAGCCAGUCUUAGGAGUGGCAAAAGGUGUCAUGAGUACAGAUGCUGCCAGCUACAGAAAGGGAUGAUGUAACUUUUGCCAAAAGUGUGAAUAUGAAACUCCCAGUGCCAGCACUGGCAUCCCAUAUGGGCACCAGUUUGAGUCCCAGCUGCUCCAUUUCCAAACCAGCUCCCUGCUUAUGUACCCGGGAAAGCAGCAGAAGAUGGCCCAAGUACUUGGACCACUGCACCCACAUGGAAGACCCAGAAGAAGCUCCUGGCUUUGGCCUGCCUCAGCAGAUGGAUCUCUCACUUUGUCUCUUGCCUUUGCCCCUGCCCCUUCCUCUGCUUCUCCGUAACUCUGCCUUUCAAAUAAAUCAAUCUUGAAAAAAAAUGAAACUCCCAUAGGGACGCAACUUGAAACAGAUCCAAGAAGAAAUAGCCCCAUAUCAUUGAAAAUGCAUCAGUAAUCAAACACCUUCCCACAAAAGAAGCUGCAGGCUCAGAAGGCCUCACUGGUAGGUUCAAUAUCACGUUUACAGAGGAAAAUACCUCAAUAAUAGACUUUUCCAGAGAACAGAAUAACAUGGAACACUGAGACUAGCAUAAUCUCACAAUCAAAACCUCAAAACCUCUCCCUCUGUCACUGCCUUUCAAAAAAAAAAACCCUAGAAAAGGAUUUGCUUAAAGUUGUAGCCAGUGGCUGAUCAGGUGAACUCGAGUCAAGGUUUUCUGGUUUUCAAACAGAGAGAGGACUUAGACACAUGGAGCCAGAGUUGCAACAAGAACCAGACUUUCAAACUAGAUUUGAUGGGGUCUCAGGCAAUUUGGGAAGGAAUAAAAAAGCAGAUUAUUUUGAAAAUGACUACCUGCAACACUAUUUGUAUUAUCUGUUGAGCGUCUGCUUCCCUGCUCCUCACCCCCCAUCAUAAGCUCUGUGCCCAGAGGCAGAUACUUACUGUAUUUCUAGCACUUACUGUGCCAGCUACAAUAGUGAGGGUUCAAUAAAUAUAAGUGGAAUAUCUGAGCAAUGCUUUUGUUUAGCUUUAACACACUGGGGAGUGAGGAUGCUGGAAUAAAUUCAUUGAAAUUAUCCAAGUGUUUGUUGAACCUUUGGAUUCUUACUAUUUGAGAGGCAAAGAGACCAAGAGAAAAACUCUCAUCCAGUGAUUCACUUCCCAAAUGCCAGUACUAGUCUGUGCUAGGUGGAAGCUGGAUCCAGGAACUCAGUCCUGGUCUCUCACAUGGAUGGCAGGGAUUCAACUGCGUAAGCCAUCUGCUGCUGCCUCCCAAGGUGUGCAUUAGCAGGAAGCGGGAUUCAGGAGCUGGAGACAGGACUUGAAUUCUGAUACAGCACACAAGCAUCUUAGUUGUACCACUAGACCAAAUGCCCACCUCUGAACUUUUGUAUCCUAACUGAAACUGAGCUUGUCCUAUCAGCACCUGGAGCUCAGUGCUGUGACUGCUGCUUCUGCUAUGUGACAGCCUGGUCUCUGCCUUCUCACAGCAGACAGACAAGUAUUCUUGCCUUGCCUUGAUCAUUUCUGCUGACUGAUGUACAUCCUCAGACACUCCUCCAUCCUAUACACUUCAACUUUUUUUUAAAAAAGAUUUAUUUGAAAGAGGCGAGACAGAGAGAUCUUCAAUGCACGGGUUCACUCCCCCAAAUGGCUGUGAUGCCAAUGCUGAGCCAGUCUGGAGCCAGGAGCUCCAUCAGGUCUCCCACCUGGGUGCAGGGGCCCAAGGAAUUCAGCCACUUUGUCCUGCUUCCCCAGGUGUAUUAACAGAGAGCUGUAUUAGCACAGCAGCUGGGACUCAAACCAGCACCCAUUUGAGAUGCUAGCACAGCAGACCAUGGCCUAAUUCGCUAUAGCACAGCACCAACCCCUCUACUUUUUUUUUUUUUAAGAUUUAUUUGAAAGAGAUUUUCCAUCCACUGGCUCACCCUACAGAUGGCCACAAUGGCUAGGGUUGGGCCACCCAGAACCAAGCUUUGGCCUAGCUCAGCCCUGGGUGUUGCAACCAUUUGAAGAGUGAACCAGUGGGUGGAAGAUUGUGUGUGUGUGUGUGUGUGUGUCCCUCUCCCUCUCUGUAACUGCAUUUCAAACAAAUCUUUUGAAAAAAACCUGCCUUUGGCUUCUGACUCCAGCUUCCUGCUAAUACAGACCAGGGGAGGCAGCAGUGAUCAGGAUCUCUGCAUCCAUGUGAGAGACCUGGGGUGAAUUCCAGCUCCUGCCUUUGGAGUCAUUUGGGGACUGAAAGAGGAGCAGGAGCUCUACCUGUAUCAUUUUCCCUGUCUCUGUGCCUCUCAUAUUUAAAAACAAGUUGGGGCCCCAGUUACAGAGUAAUUCAGUUGGCUUGCAGUAUAGUCUGGUUGUUCUACCAUCUGAGUAUCUAGUUAUGUGUGUGUAGAUUCUAUUAAAAAAUAAUAAAUAUCAGGGCCAGCUCUGUGACCUGGUGGGUAAAGCUCCACCUGCAGUGCCAGCAUCACACUUGUUCAAGUGCUAGCUGCCCCACUUCUGAUCCAGCUCUCUGCUGUGGCCUGGGAAAGCAGUGGAAGGUGGCCCCAAGUCCUCGGGCUCCUGCACCCACGUGGGAGACCCAGAAGAACUCCUGGCUCCUGGCUUAGGAUCAGCCCAGCUCUGGCCAUUGCAGCCACUUGGAGAGAACCAGCAGAUGGAAGACUGCUCGCUCGCUCGCUCACUCGCUCGCUCUCUGCUUCUCUGUAACUCUGCUUUUCAAAUGAAUAAAUAAGUCUUUAAAAAUAAAAGACAUGACAAAGAUAAUAAAUAUACAGAAAAGUGCACAUCUCAUUGGUAUAUUUCUCAGAGUCCAGCAGAUUGUAAUGUGCAGCCAGUGCGGAGAAGCAAGCUUAUGGCAAAACUGCAGAACAACGGCCAUCAGUGGUCAGGGCGUUUCCGUUUCCUCCCUGCGAGCCACAGAGCUCUCCCCACAUCCCCCCACAGCAGGCCGCAUCCCCUGUGUCCCUCUCCUACCGCAGACUUCAGAAUGCUGCUCCUGCGUCAAGAACCCCUGGCGCACUGGCCGGAGCUCCAGGCAGGUCUGCGGCGCUUGAUGAGGACGUGAAGGCGGCCCAGGAAGAGGUACCACAGACCCCAGAAGACAGGCGGGCGGUGAUCUCAGGGGGAGGCGGGCCUGGUGGUGUGCGAGCCCCCCCCCCCCCCCAACACACACACACAUGCUGAGCGUCGCCGUCCCCAGCUGGGAAUCGUCUUACCAGACUUCCCCUCGCCUCCUCUUCGCCACCCCGUAAUGAAAUGUAUCUGCUCUGAGUCUCAAUUCCAUGGGAAAUUCCCAACUAGGGGGCUAAUAAAAUUAAUCCAUUCUAUUGCCCCCUACCAGGAAAUACCUGCAUUUAUCAGAAAUUCCCAAUCCACUUUCAGCUUAUUGUGAGCAAGGAAAGGGGGCUCUUCUGAGUCUGGGCCGCCUCUCACCAGCCGUCCGGUCACACUACGUCCACUUCCUCAGACACACUAGGGCCCAGCGGGGCGCACCUGCGUUUCCAGAGCUCCCACGUAGGAGGGGAGGAGCUGGUCGAAAGGGGCUUCAGUGCCAACUCCUUGGCGCCCUCUGCAGGCAUGGAGGAGCACUUACAAAUCAAGGUUGCAUUCCCUGUAUGCGAAGCCAUCUGGUGUAUGCCUCCGGAUAUGGGAUGACUAUAUGCCGUCCUUUCCCCAGAUCGCUCUUCCUAAAGCCGACCUUGACCCUGGGACGCGCUCACCCUCGCACGUCCCACCGGCCUCGGAAUCAAGUCCCAGCCUGACCCUAGCCCUGGAAGCCUCGGCUUGGGCGGGCCGUCUCACCGCUGGCCGCUUGUACUUCCGCCUGUCGCCCUUCCGCAUGCACACCCC